AUGAUGAUGAUGUGUGUUUCUUUUGCUGAUCUCCAAUUUGAUCCAGAAGAGGAGGAUAUACCAAAUCAUAUGCUAAUAUCGGGUAAACAAUUCAAGAUCCACAACUACAGACUUAAUUUAUUACUCCGACUUCAGGCUGAUGUUGGGAAUCGAAACAGUGUCUCUGGGAUAGAAGUUGAUGUGAUGAUCAAGGCUCAGGAGCUUUGUCUGAAAGCCAUGAUGGACCAGAUGGAUAAAAAUAAUGAACUUCGGGUAGAUAUAGUUGUUGAUGCAGUAAAGAGGCUUGUUGAGUAUCACACUUCUCUUAACUCUAAGGAGUUUGUACAUUUACAAGGCUUAUUGGCAGAAGUAAAGGAGAUGAUUUCAAAACUUGCUAUUCCUUCUUCUUUAACAGUUUCUCAAGAGUCCAUCUUACAAAUGUUUUCUUCGUUAGAAAAUCGUUUGAAAGCUGAUCUUGAUCUUGUUUUUCAAUUUAUAAAUUUGAUACCCAUGGCUACCCCACCUGUUUCCAUAAGGGUGCAAGGGGGAGAAAAGAGUGUUGGUGCAUCAAAGAAUUUUGAUCAAGACAAAGUUAUUGGCAAGGUGUCAAGCAUACAAAUUUUCACUUUAUUUCCAGUAUCUACAACAACUACUUCUACAACCAUGACUUUGAAACCUUUACAUAAAGGUGUUGUCAUUAUUUCAUCUACUUGUGGGUCAAUUUCGAAGCCACCUCCAUCAAUAGAAGAAUUGAAGCGAAAAGGAAAGGGUAUUUUGACGGAACCAACUAUCGAAGACGAAAAGUUGGCCUUGGAGCAAGAAAUGGAGAAGCAAAGAAAAAUUUAG